GACACUGUGUCAGUCAGAAAUAAGGGAUCAGUGUACGUGUCUUGGUUGUGCAUGAAUGCUCUCUGAGCUGACAAUAUGACUUUCCUGGCAAUAUUAGGUGCGAUUUAUGCAGUGGCGCAAGUUCUACUGCCAUGCCUUCCUCCAGUUCCUUUGUCCAGUGAAGUCCUUACUACUGAACAGUAUUUAGGAAAGUGGUAUUUCAUUGGAGUGGCUUCGUGGGAUGAUGAGGACAUUGAAGGCUAUAAGCCACUGGAUAACUCAGUUGCUGAACUGAAGAAAGGUGAAAACAACACACUGAUUAUGUCUGCAGCGUUGAAACAGGGAGAUCAGUGUGCCAACAUGGCCUGGACUUACUACAUUGACCCAGAUUUGGAUCCAAUCUUGACAGAGGGUCCGGCAAACAAUAUUGGAGUGUUCUUGGAUGGAAAAUGGAUAAACUGCCCCUCCUGUUUGAUUGUCUUCAAGCUUCAUCCCAGCGUUGGCUUCUUAAGAGUCAUGUUAUUUUCACGUGACGAGAAUACGCCAGCUGACUCGGUGAAAAACUUUCAGUCAAAAAUGGAAUGCUUUUUCAUUAUCGAUAGGUUUAUAAUAUCUCCACGGACAAAAGAGUUCUGUAAACUGGAAGGAACUGCCUGAGCAGUGCUGACAACUCUUACGUUAAUAAUGGCUCACCUGUGAUGAAGAGACUUCGGUAUGUACAAGAUGAAGAUCCCCUGCAGGAGAACCUGAGCUGUCUACAGUUAAUUAGUUUGACAAUUUAGAGCUGUGAGAUAUAUAAUAUACCUUCGCACAUCAGUCAAAUAAAGUCUGUGACCACA